CAGCCAACUGCGGAGUCCGGGCGGUAGCCGCGGGGUUCGGUUGCGCUGUGGGUAAUAAUCUGGGGGCCUGAGGGCGGGGCGGGGAGCAGGCUGGGGUCUGCGGGGAGGGGACGCUUCCCGCAGGCGCGCGGAGCGAGGACGGUGACAGCCACGCGCGCACGUGCGCGCCCGGCCGCAGCGCGGCCCCGAGGCCUCUGUUGGCCGCUGAGAGGCGCGCGGGGGCUGGCCGGCUGCCGUCUAGGGGCCCCGUGCCGGGGCGUCCCCAGCGUCCCCGGCCCGAGUCCCUGAGCGCCGGGCCGUGUCCACCCCGUCGGUCCUGGCUCGUGUUUCGUCCCAGUGGUCGUGAGGGCCCGCCCCCCGACUCCCCUUUACGCUCCCGGGGCAGGGUCCUCACGGCCCAUGCUGGCCGCUGGGGGCCCGCGCCGCCCAGACAGUUCCUCGGCCGGCCAGCCGGCCACCAUGGUGGCCCUGAGGCCUGUGCGGCUCCUCCAGGGGGGCUAACCGGUCCAGAGCGCAGGUCUCGGGGCGCGAGGGUCCCGGGCCUGAGCCCCGCGCCAUGGCUGGGGCCAUCGCUUCCCGUAUGAGCUUCAGCUCGCUCAAGAGGAAGCAGCCCAAGACGUUCACCGUGCGGAUCGUCACCAUGGACGCCGAGAUGGAGUUCAAUUGCGAGAUGAAGUGGAAAGGGAAGGACCUCUUUGAUUUGGUGUGCCGGACCCUGGGGCUUCGGGAAACUUGGUUCUUUGGACUGCAGUACACAAUCAAGGACACCGUGGCCUGGCUCAAAAUGGACAAGAAGGUGCUGGAUCAUGAUGUUUCAAAGGAAGAGCCAGUCACCUUUCACUUCCUGGCCAAAUUUUAUCCCGAGAAUGCCGAGGAGGAGCUGGUUCAGGAGAUCACGCAACAUUUAUUCUUCUUGCAGGUAAAGAAGCAGAUUUUAGAUGAAAAGAUCUACUGCCCUCCCGAGGCUUCUGUGCUCCUGGCUUCUUACGCUGUUCAGGCCAAGUAUGGUGACUAUGACCCCUCUGUUCACAAGCGGGGAUUUUUGGCCCAAGAAGAAUUGCUUCCAAAAAGGGUAAUAAAUCUGUAUCAAAUGACUCCAGAAAUGUGGGAGGAAAGAAUUACAGCCUGGUACGCGGAGCACCGAGGCCGAGCCAGGGAUGAAGCUGAAAUGGAAUAUUUGAAGAUAGCUCAGGACCUGGAGAUGUACGGUGUGAACUACUUUGCAAUCCGGAAUAAAAAGGGCACAGAGUUGCUGCUUGGAGUGGAUGCUCUGGGGCUUCACAUCUAUGACCCUGAGAACAGGCUGACCCCCAAGAUCUCCUUCCCGUGGAAUGAAAUCAGAAACAUCUCGUACAGCGACAAGGAGUUUACUAUUAAACCACUGGAUAAGAAAAUCGAUGUCUUUAAAUUUAACUCCUCAAAGCUUCGUGUUAAUAAGCUGAUUCUCCAGCUCUGUAUUGGGAACCAUGACCUUUUUAUGAGGAGAAGGAAGGCUGAUUCUUUGGAAGUUCAGCAGAUGAAAGCCCAGGCCAGGGAGGAGAAGGCUAGAAAACAGAUGGAGCGGCAGCGCCUUGCUCGAGAGAAGCAGAUGAGGGAGGAGGCUGAGCGCACGAGGGAUGAGUUGGAGAGGAGGCUGCUGCAGAUGAAAGAAGAAGCAACAAUGGCCAACGAAGCACUGAUGCGGUCCGAGGAAACGGCUGACCUGUUGGCGGAAAAGGCCCAAAUCACUGAGGAGGAGGCAAAACUCCUGGCACAGAAGGCCGCGGAGGCCGAACAGGAAAUGCAGCGCAUCAAGGCCACAGCCAUUCGGACGGAGGAAGAGAAGCGCCUGAUGGAGCAGAAGGUGCUGGAGGCUGAGGUGCUGGCGCUGAAGAUGGCUGAGGAAUCGGAGAGGAGGGCCAAGGAGGCAGAUCAGCUGAAGCAGGACCUGCAGGAAGCCCGCGAGGCAGAGCGAAGAGCCAAGCAAAAGCUCCUGGAAAUCACCACCAAGCCCACAUACCCGCCCAUGAACCCAAUUCCAGCGCCAUUGCCUCCUGACAUGCCAAGCUUCAACCUCAUUGGUGACAGCCUGUCUUUCGACUUCAAGGAUACUGACAUGAAGCGGCUUUCCAUGGAGAUAGAGAAAGAAAAAGUGGAGUACAUGGAGAAGAGCAAGCAUUUACAGGAGCAGCUCAAUGAACUCAAGACUGAGAUUGAGGCCUUGAAACUCAAAGAGAGGGAGACAGCCUUGGAUAUUCUGCACAACGAGAACUCUGACCGGGGUGGCACCAGCAGCAAGCACAACACCAUCAAAAAGCCUCAAGCCCAAGGCAGAAGACCUAUCUGCAUUUGAGCCCUCAAAGUAGGUUAUCCCAGCUCACCUUGCAGAGCGCCAAGUCCCGAGUGGCCUUCUUUGAAGAGCUCUAGCAGGUGCCCAGCCAGCCCAGGAUCUGUCACACCUGCUGCUCCCGGCACCAGAGGGAUGGGUCAGACACCGUGGGAGUCAUCAUAGGUGGGCUGGCUGGGGGCUUCCAUGGGAGCUCUGGAACUUUUCCCAGCUGAGUGGAGAGCCCAGCCCCCUUCAUGUGCAAUUGCCUUGAACUGUGACCUGCAGAGAGCUCUCUCGUGGGGUUCUAGUUCAUUUUAAACAUUUUAAAGAAGUAUUUGUCUUUCCUCAUCUAAUGUGGGGUUCCAAACUUCCUUUGUCAAAGGCACCCUGGGGUCUAUGUCUCACUGUCCAGUGCUGACCUCCCGAGCCCCGGGGAGUGAAGUGUGCAGGAGCCCUGGAGACAGGGAGCCUGGUGCCACCGCCCCCACCCCACCCUGGCUCCAGAACGUUCAUCUCCUCCACUGGUGAGGAACUGGCAUGCGAAGAAGUGUGGCCCACCCGAGCGCAGGCCCAGAGCGGCCUGCCUGCCAGCCUGCCUGCUACAUAUCGUCGGUGAGCUGGCCUGUGGCUCCUGACAAGCCACGCGAUGUGUCCUCAGCCCGCCACCCCCCUGCCCCCCCGCCGGAGGCUGCGCUCUGGCUGCCAGCUGGUGGAGAAUGGGAAAGGCAGCUGUGACUAGGGGAAGACUUUAGGCAGGAGCUGUGAUGAGGGGUCGGCUGCCAGAAGAGGGGCCGGGGGCCCAGCAGAACAGAGUAGGAAUCUCCUCCAUACAGAACGCUCGCUGCCUUCCUCUUGCCACCGCAGACCAGGGUUCGAGAGGCAGGCGGGAGCUGCGUGUCUUUCUCACCGCCCUUCAGCCUUAGUCUCUCCUGCCUGUGGCGGGCCACCGGGGGACUCCCCGGUCACGCUGUAGUCAGCACCUGGUAGCCUGGCUGGGACUCUGUGGCCCCACAGGUACUUCUCACUCAGUCUGUGGCCUCAGUCUGUGUUGCUGCCUGAAUCACCUUUCCUCCUGGGCCAUAUGCCAGCAAGCCCUUCCUAAGCCUUGAUUGUACCGGGCCUCCUUUGGGUGUUGCCCUUUAGGGGCAGACAGCCCUUUAUUUUUUUUUUCCCCCUUGGGCCAUGUGGGGUCCCGUGUGCUCCUCCCAGCACAAGCCAGAUGCACAAGCCAGGUGUCCACUCGCCAUCGGUGCUCUGCACCUGCUGAUGCACAGCCCCCUUCCACUCGGGCGGCAGCGGGUCACGGAGCCACUCCCAUAGCACCACGCUCCUUUGUUUGGGGCCACUUUCUUGCCCUUCCUUUUCUCCAUGGUUUGGUGGUGCUGCUGUGACCUGCCAGCCAUUCGGAUCCUUCCAGUGGGGCUGUUAUGCAGAGCAGGAGAUAAAGUCAGAACCAGUGAAAAGAGGCUUAUUAAGUGAGGACACGUGAGGGCCUGGAGAUGUCCUGAGAGCAGAGGUGUCUCUGGCAAUCCUAUGUGGUUUUGAGAAACUUAGAAGCUCACGGAGAUCCUGCCUUUUUUCCACGGUCAGGCUGACCUAACGGUGUCCCAGGCUGGCCAGCCCCCUUUUGGGCCCCCUUGCCCUGAGGAAGCCAGCCCUGUGUGUCACUCAAACCCCUUAGGUUAUACAGGGUGGGACUCCACAUCUGGAUGCUCAGUGUAGAUGGCUGUGGCUGAGAGAGUUUCCUUAUGUCUCCCUGUCCCUCAAAAGCCUCUUCCCCUGAGAUGCGGUCACAGUGAGGGGAGUCCUAAGGCAUCUGUAAUGUAGGGCCUGGCUCUUGUGUUGAGGCUUUGUCUCUCCAGGCACACCACCCAUCCCUGAAUUUCCAUGACGAGUUACUUUCCUCCUGACCUGUAAAUUUAAUCUGUAACAGUGGCUGUGGGCACAGGAGCAUGGUGGUGGUUUAUAUAAAUGUUGUCGGGCUUUGUUUUUUUUUUAUUAUUUAACUGCUGUGUGUGUGUUCCAAGUCCGGGAAAUGCCGAGCCAUGUGGCCACGAGGGAGCCAGCUGGCAUCUGAGCUGUGGCAGGAGCACCGUCGGGCCCGAGAGCCGACUCAGGAGGGCCAGCAGAGCCUCGCUCCUCCAGGAACACUUCAGCUCUCCUUGGAGGCGGGAGCUGGCGCGUACCUCCCAAAGACGGGUAGGCGGAGAGGAUGGUGGCCUUUAGAAAAGUCCUGCGCCACAGUGGAAGGAAACAGAAUAAAAGAGGAGCUUGGUUUUCAGGGACUUGUGCCGAGGCUCAGGUGACUGUGUUCUUUUCAAGUGAACAUUUUUAGGGCAUGGGAGCUUAUCAAGUCAGGAAGCCUCCACUGAGGGCAUGGCCUGGCCACAAUUAUUUCAUUACAAGCGCUUCUGAUGGUUCUUGGGCUGCCCAGCUAGUGACACUCCGUAAGGCUAGGGUGUUGGCCCUUAGCGGUUCUGUCUACACAGACAGACCUGACCGUUCGCCCUGACCGAGGCCCCACCUCAGUCCCAGCAGUGCUCUGACCUGUGACAUCAGCUCAGUUAUUCAUGUACCCACCAGGCCCCACUAGACAAUACCCCAUGGCAUUACAUAACACUUCUUAAGUGACUGUGUUUUGUAAGCCUGGGGACAAGCUUCUCUCUCCCUCUUUUCUCUUUCAAAUCAAAACAGCAAAUCCAGAGUCUGACAACCAGGACGGUGACUAAGUGUUGCUCGCUGACAGGGCUAGGGCCUUGCAGCCCCCAGAGGGUCCACCUCAGUGGGGAGACAGCCUCUUCCAGCUGCCCUGGGGCCAGGCGAGCCCCUCGUGGGCUUCCAGAGAAGCUCCAUCCGUUUUCAAAGAUGUCAAACCUCACUCGUUCCAGUGGGGCCUGGGUCUUACCUCCUGUCAGGGCCAGACCAUGGAAGGCUAUUUUCUAUUCCGGGGAUUGUUGUAAUUUAAAUGAUUGUUUUAAUAAAAAUUCUAAGCUGUCAAAAGUG